GAUAUGAUGAUGGUGGUGGUAGCGGGAGGAUGACCAUUAUCCUUAAUAGACAGCGGCUCAAUUAUAUAGGAAAGAAUGGCAGCUGUCGGCAGCGGAGAGGAAGGGGGCAGUCACAGUAACCUUUUUGGCUUCUUGGCAGAUUGCCAAAACACCAGAAUGUGUAAUCAGGGGUGGGCACGCAAUGAGGCGAGGCAAAUAAGUCAGCAUCGCAGUCAGACCAUCAUUACUGUCACCUCCGGUCUGUGUCAGUGUGUGGGCGUGGCUCCGCUCUGCUCUUCUACACACCUGCAAUCAAUCAGCUCAUCACCUCUUCCAGUCUGCACACCUGCCUCUCAUCAGUUCAUCAGCCUUGCAGUGUUUGACACAUCCAGAGCCAGAUCAUUGUGUCAGCUACCGUGGUAGUUACUCGCUUCAGGAGAACUUUUCCUCGGGUUGUUUUGGAGCAUUAGCUGUUUUUUUGCACUGAGGGAGUUUUGAAAGCGAGAGAGAGAAUCAGAGGAGGAGGUUGAAGGGGAGGGGUGGGCCCCUAUAAGAGCAGCUGCCUCCAGCCUCCAUGUAGCCAGAGAAACCACGCUGAGACCGAGGGAAGGAAACGUACACGCUGACGCACCUCAACCUGCACCCGAGGGACCCCUACAGGCACCCACAAUCUCACCCCAACACAGCAGACGGCGGGACCAUGAAGACUGUGGUGGCUCUGCUGCUGCUCUGUCUGUGUGAUCCUGGACAGAGUGACUGCCAGGCUGAAUGCAUGUCCUGCAGCAACAUCCUGCCCAAACAGCUCAGUUUCAACACCAUGGUGUGUCUCACUGAGUGCGAAGCCAACGUCUCCCCAGCCUUCUCCUGGGACUUCUGUCGUAAGGUGCUGUCAUCGCCAAUUUCCUCCCUCACUGGUAUGAUGCGGAAAAGAUCUCAGGAGGAGGUGGAGGCCUUGUUUCCUGAAGAGGAUGAGCAGCUGGAUGGAGGUCUGUUGCUGCCCUUUGCAUUGCAGAGGUACGAUCACAUGACCCGGGCACUCGGAGUGGACGAGAGGGAUCUGGGCGGCAGGGGCAGCCAGCUGAAAACUGCUUACAAUUCCCAGAACGACCUGUCUCUUGAGGAUGAGUAUGAGGAGGAGGCGGGGCAGGAAGAAGGGGCUGCUGACAUGGCAAUGAGAGGACAGGGUGACGCGGGGCCGAGCGUCUCCAAGAGGUUCGGCGGCUUCGUCAAAGGGAGGCACGGCUACAGGAAGCUGAUGUCUCCGGGAAGAUCGUACCAGAAGAGGUACGGCGGCUUCAUCGGCAUUCGGAAGUCAGCCCGCAAGUGGAACAACCAAAAACGUUUCAGCGAGUUCCUGAAGCAGUAUCUGGGGAUGAGCACGAAGGCCACCGAGUUCAACAGCGUGUCAGAGGACCUCACCCAACAGAACGAAGUGUAAACAGAGUGCACCUUUAAGCCGCUGACAUAAAACAAUUUCCUGAUGUAUUUUCACUGAUCUUGUUUUGUAUUUCACCGACAUGUCAAACUUUAAACUAGUGUCACCAAAGUUGACCUAUUGAAUUACCAAAAAAGUGAAAACUAAGGCCGUAAUCUAAGACUCCCGUUGGAGUCUCAAAACAUAAGAAUUGCUUUUUCUGUUUUCCGUCCCUCUUAAUUAUGAUGCAAACAAUUUGCCUUUAAUUAUCAGACCUUUUGUACAUUAUUAAGUAGCUGGAUACUGCAGCAGAAAUUGUGGACCCCCUCAAAACAGCUCCUUCUGAGCUGUAACACUCUAUAAUCCCUGGCAUCUUCAAGGCCCCCUGUGUCAUUCGGACCUCCCAUUCGGUGCCCCUUGUGGGACGUAACAGUCGAUCGCUCAUGUUUCAUUUGUUUAGCUGGCCAAGCCCUCAUCCUCCUGAGCUUUGAAGGAAGCUCUUACUUUGGGAAUUCCUGGUAGUCCUGCAGUGGUAUGCAGUAAAAUAAAGGCCAUAUUUUACUGUUUGAUGUAAUCUGCUGGAUUAACGUUGGCAUAAUUAUUGCUUUUCCGAUUACCUGUAUUAUAAAGUAUAUUUUACCAACUAAUUACUGCGCUGGGUCAUCUGUAAAUCUUCUCACAUGGAGGCCUCUGGCUUUGGGGGGUCAUUACUGUUGAAAGUGUGUAAGAAGACUAGCAGGACCGCUCUCUUUAUUAUACUACCAUCUUGUGGCAAAAACGCAUAACUCAGUCUCUUAUAAUAAAGGACAAUACCAGUGUUUUUUUUCAUGUUUAUGGCAUUAUGGUUAGGGUAAUGUCAGCAGUAAUGUAAAGUAUAUUGUAUGUGAUUUGUGGUAAAUAAAUGAAAACAUGCAAAAACACAGCUACAAGUCAUUGAUUUAUCACUGUGCCAAAACACACCGGAGAGAGGGCUGACUGGCUCUCGUGUCCAGAUGUCAGAUUCCUGUAUGUAAAAAUAAUAUUUGUUUUUCUUCUUCUUGUAAUGGUGUGAAAUGUUGCCCACUAUGAGAACUUGUAAAUAGCUGAAUUUAAACAUGUCAAUAAAAAUAGUUUACUCUUUCCUUCGUGGCUUGUUAUGCA